GUCAUACCUCUUGUCUCCUUCUCUGUGUGUCUGUCUCAAACCUGAUUCCUUCUCCUCUUCUCCUUCCUGUGUCUAGCGCAAGACUCCCACCACCUACCAGGACCAACUCCUCCUGCCCCCGGUUCUUCUGAUGGGCCCCACAAGGUGACAGUGCUGACCACAAUGCUGUCCAGCCGGUGGUGGCCAAAUACCUGGGGGAGCCUAGGGCUGGGGCCCCGUAGCCCUUCUCGGGGAGCCCAGCUCUGUGCCCUCUAUGCCUUUACUUACACCGGGGCAGAUGGCCAGCAGGUGUCUCUGGCUGAAGGGGACAGGUUUCUGCUGCUUCGAAAGACCAACGCGGACUGGUGGCUGGCACGGCGCCUGGGGGCACCCUCCACCUCUCGACCCAUCUUCGUCCCAGCUGCUUAUGUGACAGAGGAAUCUCUCCUUUCCCAGAGCCCAACUGCUACCAUCCCCAGCCAGUCCCUCUGGACACCUGGGUCCCAGUUGUCUCACAGCUCCCUGGAGGAGCUGCCCCUGUCUCAGGGACUCCCCAGCAGAGCUCAGACUACAUCCGAGCAGCCUCCCCCGCUGCCUCCGAAAAUGGGUAGAAGUGUCAGUGUUGUCAACCUGAGGCCCAGCCUUCUAAGGCCCCUCCAGAAAGAAAAUGAAAGAUCGCUCUCUCAGGAGGACUUGCUGUCAGAGGCCAGUGCUGCCAUGGCAGGCCCCCAGCCCCUCAUGUCAGAGCCCCCUGUGUACUGUAACCUGGUGGACCUCCGCCGCUGUCCCCGAUCCCCACCCCCAGGCCCUGCAUGCCCCCCACUGCAGAGGCUGGAUGCCUGGGAGCAGCACCUGGACCCCAACUCUGGACGCUGCUUCUAUGUAAACUCGCUGACCGGUUGCAAGUCCUGGAAGCCUCCACGUCGCAGCCGCAGCGACACGACCCCUGGCUCCAUGGAGGGGACACAGACCCUGAAUAGGGACAACAGUGUGCUGCAACCUCAGGCAAAGAGCUCAGGAUUUGACACAGGGACCCCAGAACUUCUCGACCCACAGGAUCCCUCCGGCCUCAGCCAGCGGACCUCUCAGCUUGACCCUUCAGACAGGCCUCAAGCCCUGCAGCCCCCGCGACCUCUGCCGCAGCUCCUGGACGACCCCCAUGAGGUGGAAAAGUCGGGCCUGCUCAAUAUGACUAAGAUCGCCCAAGGGGGGCGCAAACUCAGGAAGAACUGGGGCCCAUCUUGGGUGGUGUUAGCGGGCAACAGCCUCGUGUUCUACCGAGAGCCACCGCCGACUGCGCCCUCCUCGGGCUGGGAUAGGGAGAACCCCCUAGAGCUGCGCCUGUCGGGCUCCGGACCGGCGGAGCUGGGGGAGCUGAGCGCCGGGGAGGACGAGGACGAAGAGUCCGAGCCGGUGCUCAAGCCGCUGCUGCGCUUUAGCGGUCGCCGGAGCUCCAGUCGGGUUGUGGAAGGCGCUGAGCAGAACCGCGUGCGCAACAAGCUAAAGCGGCUUAUCGCAAAGAGACCGCCCUUGCAAAGCCUACAGGAGCGGGGUCUGCUCCGAGACCAGGUGUUCGGCUGCCAGUUGGAAUCCCUGUGCCAGCGGGAAGGGAACACGGUGCCCAGCUUUGUGCGACUCUGCAUCGCUGCUGUGGAUAAAAGAGGUCUAGAUGUGGAUGGCAUUUACCGGGUGAGCGGGAACUUGGCAGUGGUCCAGAAGCUUCGCUUUCUGGUGGACAGAGAGCGGGCGGUCACCUCCGACGGGAGGUAUGUGUUCCCAGAACAGCCAGGACAAGAAGGCCGGUUAGAUUUGGACAAUGCCGAGUGGGAUGACAUUCAUGUGGUCACUGGAGCCCUGAAGCUUUUUUUCCGGGAGCUACCCCAGCCUCUGGUACCUCCCCUGCUGCUGCCCCAUUUCCGGGCUGCCCUUGCAAUCUCUGAAUCCGAGCAGCGCCUCUCUCAGAUACAAGAAUUAAUAGACUCGAUGCCGAAGCCCAACCAUGAUACUCUACAAUACCUCCUGGAGCAUUUAUGCAGAGUGAUAGCACACUCAGAUCAGAACCGCAUGACCCCACACAACCUGGGAAUCGUGUUUGGACCCACGCUGUUUCGACCAGAGCAGGAGACAUCUGACCCAGCAGCCCAUGCCCUCUACCCAGGGCAGCUCGUCCAGCUGAUGCUCACCGACUUCACUAGUCUCUUCCCCUGACCCAGCAAGGAGGGAAGAGGAAACCCAUGUCCGGCGAUCUCUAGUGGUGGUGGGGAGUGUUCUGUUUGGAGGACAUCCCUUUAAAUCCUGUCUCCCAAGUGACGGUCUCCAUCUUCGUGAGUCCGACCUGAGGGGCUAGGAAGGUGAGGAGCUUUUCUAAGGAGGAAAGUGAGUGGAUUAACCCUGGGGUCCCUGUUGUCACGCCUCCCUAACACAGCACCACCAAGAAA